CGACAGCUCGGUUCCAACAGCUACCGCAAAUCCGGUCCCGGAGUGAAGACAUAGUCCACCUAUUGGAAUACAAUACAAAAUAUGAUAAAUGAAGGAUUAUCCGAACGGGAGUGACUGGGGAUCGAAUCGGAUCUUUUGGCUGGUUAUUUACUACGUUGUCCGACUGGAAUGUAUAUUAUGGUGUAUGGUUCAAUUGAAGAAUGAAUGUUGUGCGUCAACUUCGCAUUGCUGCCGCCUUGUUUUGAUGACUUUGAGGAAUCUAUACCUUUUGAAUGCUCACUCGGAUGAGAGCAAAUGGAAUCGUGCGUUAGGGUCAUCCUCCUAUCUCUCUCAUAAGGGGGACAGGUCUCCCUUGUAUUUGAGACGUUCCAUCUCAAUGGCAUCCCCUGUACAGUAUACUUAAAGAAUAGGCGAUUAACGAGGAUAUCAACGUCUAGCUCCAUCCCACACCACAUGCCAUGGAUCCCCUACCAGAGUACUCCCUGUUCCUAGUCCGGAUCCUGGAGGAACUAGACACUAAACACAGUAGUGUGUCCUACCAGGACCUCUGUAAGUCCCUGUGUGCCCGCUUUGACUUGGUCCACUUGGCCAAGCUACGGAGCCUUCUGUUCUACACAGCCUGCCUGGACCCAGCCUUCCCUGCCACUCUCUUCAAAGACAAGAUGAGAUGUACUGUUGAGGACCAGCAGUCUAAGAAACUCAUGGUGGCAGCGGAUAUCGUCACUAUGUUUAACCUAAUCCAAAUGAACGGGGGGAUCGCCAAAGAUAAGUUCCCAAUGGCACCACCGAGGCCCAAGUUCCACAAGAACCAGUCGUUUGAGUCAUGUAGGUCCGACACUGAUGUUUAUAAGUACCAGGACUAUGAGAGGGGCGGAGGUUAUCAACCCUCCAGGGCGGGUCACCACCCCCACCAUCGCCCCAUGUCCCAAAACAACUCCUCCCACCCCCGCCCACACCCCCAUUCCCACUCCGCCAGCUCGAAAUCCAACUGCAGCCCACAGUUUAUCCCGACCUCGGACCCUAAGUUCCUAUUGGGCGUAAACAAGGAUCUAAAAUGUCGAGCAGCGUCGCUAGACAAGCUGCAGCACCUGCCCCAGUACUCAAGCUGCAGUCCUCCAUCGCCACCCUGUGAGAUGCAGAGCACCUACUUUCCCAUAGACAUUGACAGUGAGUCCACCACAGACCAGGAGUCCCUGCAACACAUCAACCACACGGAGCCCUUCUCUGUCCACUCCUGUGUCCAGAAGAGAAACAUCUUCAAGGAGGAUUUUCACAACCUGCUAGCGUUCUCCCCACAGGUCAUCACCUCAGAGUGCAAACCAAACAUCAGGGCAACUGGAGGCUACCACCGGAGAGAGCUCCACAAACCUGCCACAUUCUUCAACCACAGCUUCGAGCUGCCCUACAGUAACCCCUACUUUGAGCCUACUAUGAACUCACCCAUUCAGGAGAAACGGCGAGCGAAGCACGAGAGUCUGGACGACCUUCAAGCGUCUACGUAUUUCGGGCCAACGACAGUGACAGAGUGUGUGAACACACGGAGAAGUACGGCUAGGCCGGGGAAGCAGCCAAUUUGGCCUGUGAAAAGCCUGAGUCUGAAUGCUGAAGAAGGGCCACCGGAUUUUGAGAGGUCAUUUCUGAAUGGGAAACCGCUGAAAGACAACCAUCGCCACAAUGUAGUCAAUAAAGAGAAUGAGCAGCACUUUCAGUGUGCUAAAGAGAAAGUGGUGGCCUCCCCUUCAGGGUUCGCAAAGAAAACCAAUGGGUUGAAAACAAAGGAUAUGUCUUCAAUGGCGUGCGGUCCCGGGGUGGGUGUCGACAAAAGAGAGGUUGGGAAAAGAUUUAAAGAGAAAGGCAUCAACAGUACGUCUUUUCAAGGAGGUAACAUAGACAGCUCGUCCAGCAUAGGGACACAAACGGAGCAGGCCGAACAGAGGAAGCUAAAAGACUAUGCCGCCGCUCACGCAAAAUACGUCGAGAGAGAGAGGCACUCGUGCAAACACUCGGAAGAGGACUCUGAGAUCAUCAGCGAUGACAUCAGUGACAUCUUCCGCUUCCUUGACGACAUGAGCGUGUGCGACUCACUGGGCGUCAUCCAAUCGUCGUGCUACAACAGCAUCGGAUCUCUCUCUCAGGUGACCAUGAAGUCUGACGGCGACAGCUCACCCGAAUGCAACACGGUCAAAUUGGCCAAGUCCAAGCUGGACUGCCUCUUUCACUCCCUAGAGAACACGGACGACGAGCUCAAAUCGAGCGUGUGUAAGCUUGUUAUGAGGAUAGGUGAGAUCGAGAAGAAGCUGGAGUCUCUGUCCGGAGUCCGAGGGGAGAUCUCGCAGGUGCUCUCCAAGCUCACCAAACUCGACGAGAAGAUCCAGGAACCCGAAACCAACGGGAGACCGGACGAAAACGCUUUAGCCACCACUUCCACCCCAGAUCACCUUCACCCCGACCCCAACCUCUCGCCCCAUGUCUUUCAGUGCCACACAACAGGCCACAACAUCAAGGUGGAUAACGGAUCAGUGGAGUGGGGCUGCUCAGACAGUGAGAGUCUGAGGGUCAAGGCAAUUAAGAAAAGUAUGUUCACGCGGAGGUCGUCACGCUCACUCAAUGAGGAGAACAGCGCCACGGAGUCAAAGGUGGCGAGCAUCGCCAACUCACCACGGGACUGGAGAACGGUGUCGUAUUCUUCGCACCAUGGGGAUGAGGGCAAAGACAAGGACAGAGACAGAGACCGAGAAAGGGACACCAAGGACAGACACAGGAAAGCCAAAGAGGCUUACCUCUAGGACACAAAGCGGAGGAACGUCCGUGUGACUCAUCAGUAUGAUGCCUUCGUCUCCUACAAUGGCCACGAUGAGCCCUGGGUCCUGAGGGAACUUCUGCCAGAGCUGGAGGGAAACCAAGACUGGAAGCUGUGUCUACAUCACCGUGACUUCCAGCCAGGCAAACCCAUCGUAGACAACAUCACAGACGCCAUCUACGGGAGCCGCAAGACCAUCUGCAUGAUCAGCCGUCGCUAACUUUAUGAUGAAAUGUCAAAUGAAAUGUGUUAUGAAAUAUAUUAUGCUAUUUGAUGAUGAAUUUAUGAGGAAAUGUUUGACUUAUUUACUCGUUAUGUUCUCCUAGUUCUCUAGCUUUCUGGAACUUUAAAACGUUAGGUUUUAGGUGUAAGAGUUAAGAUUCUUGAAAUUGUUAAAUGUAAGUGAAAGCUUUAUAUAACCACCUUUUGUAUCUUUGUGAUGAAAAACGCUUUGAAAAUAAAAUGUCAAAUACA